UCCGGGAGUGUUGCAUUGUGGGGUUCGUUUCGUUGGUCGCGAACCGAGUGGGUAAAGUAAUGAAUUAAUAGUCUCGGGUGCCUAAAACAUUCAUCCCCGUGCUUUAGUCUAAUAAGCGCAGGAUCUGUUCAGUUACCCAGCCGGCUCGAGAAUGAAUGUUUGGAGUUGAAUCAUGAUUAUAAAGGUGCACAGGAAAAGUAGCAGCACUGAUGUGUGGAUGUGGAGAGUCAGCGUAAACUGAUCAAACCGAAAGCCUUUCGUGAUCUGCUCCGAGAAGACCGACCGCACCAUCUGAGUCUCCACACAAAGCCGCCGCCGCUACCGCUGUGGGUGUUUUAUCAUCAACAAAGCCGUUGAGUAUCCUCGCCUGGUUUCGAUUCUCUUCAGACUCCGAAGCGUCUCGGCAGCUCAUCACUCAUGGCAUCUUCUUCGGGGAACGACGAUGAUCUGACCAUCCCGAGGGCGGCGAUCAAUAAAAUGAUCAAAGAAACGCUUCCCAAUGUGCGGGUAGCGAACGAUGCCAGAGAGCUGGUGGUAAACUGCUGCACGGAGUUCAUUCACCUCGUCUCAUCAGAGGCCAACGAGAUCUGCAAUAAAUCAGAAAAGAAAACUAUAUCCCCGGAACAUGUUAUAAACGCACUGGAAAGUCUAGGAUUUGGGUCAUACAUCGCAGAAGUAAAAGACGUUCUGCAGGAGUGUAAAACUGUAGCACUUAAAAGAAGAAAGGCCAGCUCUCGACUAGAGAACCUGGGCAUUCCCGAGGAAGAGCUUCUCCGCCAACAACAGGAAUUAUUUGCUAAGGCACGGCAGCAGCAGGCUGAACUGGCACAGCAGGAGUGGUUACAGAUGCAGCAGGCCGCCCAGCAGGCACAGUUAGCUGCGGCUUCGGCCAGUUCCACUCAGCAGGCUGGAUCUUCCCAAGAUGAAGAUGAAGAGGACGACAUGUGAAUCCCAGCAGGCUUUGGCUGAAGCACACGGAUAGAUUAACAAAUAUAUAUAUAUAUUUACAGACAUGUACUGUCUCCCACACACAACUCUGCCCUCCGUAAACCUUAGCAGAGAAGGAACUCUGCAGUAUUGUCUCCUAUAUAAACUUUUAAAAUCCCAGAUCAGCAGUAUAAACUGACGGUUUAGAAGAAAUCAUGGGUGAUCUCCUGUGAUAAAUUUUUGUUUUUAUUUUUUUUGCUUCGUUCACGUCAGUUCACUUGUUAGCUAGAAUCAUUAGCUCUUGAAACUCCAGUUAUUUUUUUUUUGUUUGUGAUUUAAUUAAAGCCAGUUGUCAUAAGUUUCACCUUGUAUGUGUGUGGGAAGGAUGUUUAGUCAUGUGAUGUGGCUGUGACACGAGGCACGCCAUUGGUUAUGUACAGGAGCCGGCGUUUUGAAUCGCUGCAUCCUGUUUUAGGUGACUUGCGUAUUUCUCUUAUAUUUGUCUUUGUAAAAUAGCUUGAAGAGACACAAUUGGGGAACAUUUUUGGUAACUGAUUUUUACAGCCGUUCAUCCCCGCUUCUGUAUUUCUCUUUGUUCUGCUGAGCGAGAUCAGAGAACGUGAUUUGUAAUGUAGGAUGUUGCAUUUUGGUUCAGUUUUAGUUCAAGUGAGGAUUAAGAUGAUGUAGAUAGGCUUUUACCUGCCCUGUGUUCAGAACAGUAUUCCAAGGAAAAGAUUUACACAUGCAGAAUAAUAUCUGUCUCAUAGUACCAAAGAUAGAUCAAACUAUGAAAAAAAAAUAACAAAUCAGUCACCGGAUAGGCUUCAGAAAUCUGCUCAUGGUAUUUGUUCUCUAUAUGACAUGAGAGCGUUUAAUUGCAGACAUCACUGAACUCUCUGUAACUCACACUUUGUACAAUGUUUUGAUAGCAGAUUUUGUUUUGUUUUUUCAGGUGCAAUGUGUAAAAGUUGUGAAUGUGUGGUUAAUUCAUAUCUUGUGAUGACUGGUAUGGUGUAGUUGAGAAACGUAUUCACAUGCCUUUGCAAAAGCUGUAUUCUCUAAGCAAUAAAGUCAACCCAUUUUAUA